GUCUCCCACCCCCUGUCUUUUUGUCUCUCCUGGUGCUUCUUUGAUCUAUGGUCAUGCCCACCCCACUUAUUCCAAGCAAAACCCAAGGAGCCCCCAGGCCAAUAAGGAAACCGGUUGAGAUUCCUCUUCUCACAGACCCUCAGAGACGGCUGCUGAUGUUUUGCACGUGAAUGUUCCUGAGCCUGCAAGCCUCCAACACAGCUUGUGCAGAUACUAAGGUGCAGAGGGAGAGACAAGCAUACAAGUGCCUCCCUCCCUCACUUCCUCAGUUGUCAUUGGGGGACAUCAGCAGAAACACACACAGACAACAUUCCCAUCACAAUAGUCCUCUGAGAUAUCACGAGCUCCAUUUUAUAGGUGAGCAGACUGAGGCUAGGAGACUUUAAGUAAUGUGUCAGUGAUUCGGGCCUGCUUCCUCCAACUCUCAACCCUCGUAUGUGUCUAAUUAGCUGAUUAAUUCACAAUAGUAAUAUUCGCGUUGCUUCCUUCAGCGGACUCGCACAAGGGAAGGGCAAUCUCUCCUUCAAGCGCCUCUAUACCUCCUCCCUCAGACUGUUAUUUGCCCCUUCACCAGGGGAGGAGCCAGUAAAGGCCGAUCUAACUUUGAUGGCAGAUCCAUGGACCAAUGGAGACGCUAAGUGCAUUGUAACCAAUGAGACCUCGGCUUGGGCGGGAUUAAGGGCAGGAAAGGGCCGCUGACUGGACAGGAGUAUCUUACGAAUGGCGGAGACGCUGAGGCGGGUGCUAAACCUAGGCACCUCAGCAAGGUCCGGGGAGGAGGACACAGCUGAGGCUGGACCGCCUUUGCUGCUGCUCGGCGGCCCAGGGUCUGGAAAGACAGCGCUGCUAUUCGCGGCGGCCCUGGAAGCGGCAGGAGAGGGCCGAGGCCCCGUCCUCUUUCUGACUCGAAGGCCUCUUCAAAGCCUGCCCCGCGGGACUGGCGCAGCCCUCGACCCCCUGCGGCUACAGGAGGUCCGACUAAGAACGCUAUGGGCAGGUUUUCCGUGGAAAGAUUGCCUUAGAUACUUGAAGAUCCGCUUCCAGUACCCACCCUCAACCCAUGAACUCCUUCAGCUUCUGUGCUCUGCCCAUGAGGCCCGCGGUCCAGCCCCCUCCCUGCUGCUACUGGAUGGCCUUGAGGAGUACCUAGUGGAAGACCAGGGACCCCAGGACGCCGCCUACCUGGCUGCGCUGCUUCUGGACACAGCUGCCCACUUCAGCCACCAGACUGGGCCUGGCCAGGGCUGUGGGCUCAUUGUGGCCCUACAGACCCAAGAGGAGGGAGUCAGUGGGGAUGCCCUGCAGGUGUCACUGCUCCAGCGGUAUUUCCCUGCCCAGUGCUGGCUGCAGGCAGAGACACCAGGCCCAGGACAGCACCGCCUCCGAGCCUGCCUGGAUCCAGGUGGGCUGGGGCCUAGGAGAGAGUGGUGCGUGGCUUUCCGACCAAAUGGAGAGAUGACAAUCACCCCGUGGCCUACCCAGGCUGGUAACCUCAGCUUAGACAAAGGUUCAAGCUCUGGAGGCCAGCCUUGAGCUUUGGUGUGUGACAACCUCUCUAUGCCUCAGUUUCCCAUGCCUGGAAUACUUACUUCAGGGACACAUGCAGAUUCAAAGACCUAAAGAAUAUAAAAUGUUUUUUUCUCAUUUAAAAGUAGCAUUAUCAGGGAACCUGGGUGGCUCAGUUGGUUAAAUGUUGGACUCUUGAUUUUGGCUCAGG